AUGAUGAGUGCAGCACCUCCUCCUCCCCCGAAACCACAAAGAAUAGCAAGGUGGUACUUCGGCGGCCUCUCAGCAGCUGGAGCAGCAUGUUUCACUCAUCCAUUGGAUUUGUUGAAAGUCCAGAUGCAGACUCAAAAAGGGAAGAAUGUGUCAAUAGUUUAUGUUAUCAGAAGAGUGCUCAGAAAUCGAGGCAUUAUGGGACUCUACAAUGGAAUAUCAGCUUCCCUGUUAAGACAGUUAACUUAUUCCACAUGUAGGUUUGCAAUAUACGAAGGUGCCAAAGAACGACUAACACCAAAAGAUGGCAGUCAAAUACCAUUUUACAUGUCAACAAUCAUAGCAGGAAUCGGUGGAUUUGCAGGAGGAUUUGUCGGCAACCCUGGUGAUUUAGUGAAUGUGAGGAUGCAGAAUGAUGUUAAACUUCCCCCGGAACAAAGAAGAAACUACAAACAUGCGCUCCACGGAGUGUACAAGGUAGCGACAACUGAAGGCAUCACAAAGCUUUGGGCAGGAGCCUCCAUGAACUGCAGUCGUUCUGCUCUCAUGACUAUAGGACAAAUCGCCUUCUAUUAUAAGUUUAAAUUAUUACUUCUCUCGACUCCAUACUUCAAAGACAAUGUUGGGACGCACGUCUGGGCUAGUAUAUUAGCGGGUGGAGUCGCAACAACUCUGACUCAACCGGUAGAUGUUCUCAAAACCCGAGUGAUGAACGCGAAGCCCGGUGAAAUAAAGUCCCUUCCGAGUCUCAUACUCAACACAGCUAGGGAAGGCCCUCUGGCAUUCUUCAAAGGAUAUUUCCCAGCAUUUGUUAGGCUGGCUCCUCACACAAUCCUGACGUUUGUAUUCUACGAACAACUCCGAAUGCGUUUCGGACUAAUCAAGUUGACAAAGGAGGUCGAAUAUAUAAGACAUUAGCCUCGUUCAUGGAAGUUGGCUAUUGAAAUGAUUUGAACCUGGUUAUUGGAACCGAUGGUUUACAAUAACGGUUUGGUAGUACCUGGCUUACUAUGCAUAAGUCAGGGUAGGCUUAACAUUUAUUCAUAAUUUUAUCAAACGACCUAUGAAUUGUUUAUAUAUUUUUUGAUAGAUAAGAAUAUUUGUCUAUUUCCAUAAACGGUGUGCAGAAGCAUAACUUCGUGGUACCGGUAAAGGUGCCAUUUACCGGUCAGGCAAAAAACUUUUGUUUUCGCGAAUUAGUAAAACGGUUUUAACCAAGGAGAAGAACCAAGAGAGUAUUAAUGUGAUUCAAUUAUUGUAUAAAAUUAUCUUUUGCAUAGCCAGUCUCACCGUUAUAUACCCACCAAUAGGACCUGAGUUCUAAUAAGUAGAGAACUGUUUAGGACCUCUUAUGCGUAGUGCAAGAUAAUUAUGCAAGUGACGUAUAAUUAGGCUUAAUAGCUUUGAUACCAUUGUAAUUAAAGGUGUAUGGGGAGAAAAGUUUGAGUUAGAACCGACUUAAUGGUUCGCGAUAUAUUAAUUCGAAGGACAUCGUUGGUACACAUUUCUAAUUUUUGUGACGAUUCUGCAAUUCUGGAAUUGCAAUGGAUUUGCCGAAAGGAUAUUAAGACCAGUGUCACUUGUCAAAGUGCCUAGAAAUAAUGUUUAAGUUUGUAUCAUAAUAUAUGUAUAUGAAAUAGCAGGUAUUUCUAGAAAAUACAUAAGUAUGUUAUAUUGUUGUUACUAUGGCUCAAAAAAAAUACUAAGUGGUACAAAAAAUAUAGUCACUGGUACAAACGGUAAAAAGCAUUUGCCUUGUAGACGUUUUUGAAAACGUGAAAAUAGCAAGUGAUAUACAUGUUCUAUUGUUUGUAUCCGAUUGUACCGAGGUAAAAAUGAAGAGCUCCGAGUGACAAGUGACUUGCCUAGUCUCUAAAUCGUUCAAAGAUAUAUGUUGUACAUAGACAAUUAGUACAAGCAUUGAUAAAACUAACCAUAAAAGCCAGUAAAACCGUUCUACCGAAUUACAAAAAGGGUCUGCAACGGUAAAAACGUAUGGUAAAUGAUCGCUGCACAGGUGCAAAUAUGUACAACCAAACAACAACCGAACAUGCCUAUUCGAAACCGUUUUUCUAUGUAAAAUAGCGCGUAAUACCGAGCAAUACAUGUCUUAUCGUUUGCUAACUUACAAAGUAUGCGGUACAAACAAUAUACUCAAUACGAGUACAAUUUAUACAAAACCGCAUCUAAAUCAUGUUCGUUAUUUUUACGCUAAAAUAUCAAGAGGCUGUUAAUUCAAUGUUCUAUCGUUGGUUAGACGCCAGGAAACAAGACAACAAGUGAUCAAAAAAGUUUUAUCGUUACAAAAGAUGUCCUUCGAUUUUAAAUCCGUGUUAUUUUUAUACCUUUAAAUGGGUUUGUUUUUUUCCCACAUUAAAGUAGACAUGCUCCUAUUACAAUCGAAUAAACGCUAUCAAGUUCAAUUAUCGCGCAUUUGGUUGCUAGCUUCUCAGAGGCGUCAAGCAGUUCACAACAGGCGAUGUAGAAGGUUUUUUUCAAUGAGCAUCAUGACUUAAACCCACUGAAAGUUCUAUUUGUCUCAUACUAAAAGUUCCUUUGUUUGUAACGGACUGCAAGUCAACAUGGGUCACAUUAAUGGUGGAUAUUUAGAUCAAAUUUCACACAUUUUUAUUCAUUCUCCUUUGUUACUUGAUAAUGAAAAUGUAUUGUUUAAUUUGAUAAAUGUUUAACAUGGAAUACUAAGUCUGGGAAGUCUUUAAAUAAUACAAAAUACACCAUAAUAUUCCUUGCUAUGUAUAAUGUUGAUGUGCCGAAAUAUUUUGAAAUAAUUAAACCUUUGCAAACUGCGUAAUCCUAUAGAUUAAAUUCCAUAAUAAAUAUCUCUUUACAAAUUAUUUUUGAAAGUUUUUUUUGGGAUGCAUGUAUUUUUGUAUGAAUAUUUUCUGUAACUAAUUCUUUUAAACAGUACCAACAAUUUAUAUAAAUCUUACUGAAGUAAUGUUUACAAUGAUUUCAGUAAAAUAAAUAAAACUUGUC